AGAUAAGGCAAUGAAACCCUUACACUUAGGUAAACCACUUAAGGCACAUUAAGUGGAAGUGGGUAUAAGGUGUCUGAGUACCUCCGCUCAUGUGGACGCCUGGUUGGAAAGCGAAGUUCGUCUGGACUUUUCCACUGUAGGCGAUGUGGGGGAAUUUGUCCCUAAAUGUCAGUGGGCCGAUGUCACUCACAUAAAGCUCGCCCUCAGUCGCAAUAGUCGCCAUUCGUUCUGGAGAUUGGUGUCAAGAUGAAGUUAUAUAUUUUCACCAUCAUCUGUGCGCUUUUACCAUUCAGUCACCAAAACCCUAGGAGCCACUGGACUCUGCUGCCCCACACUUUGGUUGUGGAGGUGGAUGGCUCUAUGGGCCAGCAGCCCCUGAGCUGCCUGGAGUCACCAGAGGAGCUGGCGAGAAGAGUCAACAAGAGCGAGGAUAUAUUUUGGAUGAAGAAUGGAAAGAAGGAGCCACAGAGAGGAAACACAUAUCUGGUGCAGCUGGAGGAAAGCUUAGGAGGGGGCAACUACACCUGCCACAACAAGGAAGGAUCACUCCUCAAUCACACUGUGGUUCUGAUCCAAGAGGAGGAUCAUAGGAAGAUUCUUGUGAAAACUGACCAAGAAGACUAUUUGAAGUGUUCUACUCGAAAUUACAACGGAGAGUUCCACUGCUCUUGGACCUGGCACAGCAGUCGUGUUGGCAAAGUAGCAUUUAUCAAAGCUCGACGUUUUUCUGACGAAGGAGUCACCCAGUGUUCUGUGGAUACCAGCAGUCAGCGUUGGGCGUGCUCUACAGGUGAGAGUAACUUCAGCUGCUCAGUGGACGACAACGGACACAGUAUCUUGUGCGUGGACGAGCAACACUGCCCCUACGCCGAGGAGAAUCAGAAGAUUCACAUCACUGUCUACUUGAGAACUAAGUACUACCUGGUAGAGAACUACUCCAGGCGCUUUUACCUGUCAGAAAUAGUGAAACCUGACAAGGUGAGGAUCAGUAAAGUCAACAAUACGAUGAUAGAGUGGAGUUACCCAAGCUCCUGGAGCAGUCCCUUCUCCUACUUCCCCCUCAUUUUUCAGAUUGCACAGCUCAAGGGGAGAUGCAAAAGGUGUGAAAACCCAUGCUCAAAUGCCACAAAGACAUUGACAGUGCACUCUCCAGACAUUUGUCAGUUUGAAGUCAAGAACAAAGCUAAGGCCAUCUGUAUCCGAGCUAAGGAUGCUCUCUGUAACUCACAGUGGAGUGAGUGGAGCCACUUCAGUACAGAUUGAAGAAAGGCAAGAAGAACAAAAACAACAAACAGCAGUAACAUGUUUUUAUAAUGCUUUUCUAUAUUUGUAUUUAUCUUAUCUUAUAUCAUGGUGUGUGUAAUAUGUGCUAUGUGCUAAACUAUGCUUAAUGAUAACUGAAAAAAUAAAAGUUUUAUUUUGUUUCACUUACAA